CUUAGUGAUUUUUGUAUGGUUGUACAGUAUACAGUAUGCUGAAUUGGAGAUUGUGCAUAGCUAGGUCGCAUGAGGCACUUGGUAACACAAGGUAAAUUAAUCAUGUAGAGAUUCACAGGAUUAAAGUGUGUGUGCUGGGACUGAAGGCAUCAGAGGGAGAUCAGGACCUUAAGACAUCGAAUGCUAGAAGGUAUCUGUCUCACGAUUCCGCAGGAUGAACAGCACAUUUGUGACCCUCGCCGAGGUGCUGGAAGCCAAAGGAGGACCGCUGGAAGAGGACGAGGUGUGGUCGCUCCUGCAGGGCUCAGCCGAAUCCCUCUUAGAGCUUUCCUACAAAGGUCACAAUAUCUGCAACAUUAUAACUCCUGCAUCACUGCUCUUGUCCACGACUGGGGUGCUGGCGUUCAAGAAUUGUGCUGUGACAGAUGAGGUGUCUGCCUUCACAGCCCCAGAGAUGCUGCAAGGCCGUGCUGUCUCCACCAAGCUAGCCAUGGAGAAGAUAAUCGUGUAUUCUCUUGGGAUGACUCUGUAUUUGUCAGUUGAUUAUCACCUCCCUCAAAACCAGCCCAUUCAGCUGAGUGACUCUCUGAAUUGCCUUAUCCUGAGCAUGUGUGAGGACAUGGCCCAUCGACGAGCAACCCUGAACUGCAUCUUGGAGGUGUGUGAAUCACACCACAAAGAAUCUCUCCUGCCUCCUCCCAACAAAGUCAUCAAACAGCUGGUAGAGGAUGUCUUCCAAGACUCUGUGGAUCGGGCUGCUUUAACUGAAAAUGUCACACAGUUGAGUGGAAGAAGUCAAAUUAUCAGAGAAAGACUACAUGGUAAGCGUGGACCAUAUCCUGGUUAUACAGAGGGGAACGGAGCUUCAGGAGAGACUCGCAAAUUGUCUCUGAACUCCGAGCCAAAGCAAGGAAUUUCCCUACAAAAGAAAACCUGGUCUCUCAGAAGUAGACCUAGUCAGACAACAUCCUAUCAGAGCUCAACCAGACAAAGCACAAGUUGUUGCCUGUCACAAAGUACAUGCCUCAACGUUCCCAAAGGUGAAGCCCGGCCUUCCAGUCCCUGUGUCACUAUUACUCAGUCUGCAGUCAGUCUCUCCCAAAGGAAAGCUAAGAGUCUAGGACCUGAAUUUACCAGGAUGAAUGAUGAACCUCAAAUAGUUUUAGAGCUGCCGGGAUCUAUAGUGUCAAAGAAAGGCAAGUCAGGCUUGUCUCAAAGGGAGGUUAAUGUGAUAAAGCCAAAUGAACAAUGUGUGGCAGUGAAAUGUGACAUCAAGUCCCGUGGGAGAGAUGUCUUCGACAUGGUUGUGGCACAUGCUAACCUUGUGGAGCACUUUUACUUUGGCCUUGCUUUCAUUGAUGAUGGUGAAUUUUUCUUUUUGGACCCUGAGACAAAAAUCUCAAAGGUUGCCCCAGAUUACUGGAAGAAAGUGGCUUCUGCGACAUUUACGCUUUUUCUCCGUGUCAAAUUUUUCCCUGAUGACAUCUCCUAUGUAUUGCAUAGACUUACACGACACCAAUAUUAUCUCCAGCUGAGGAGGGACGUUCUGGAGGAUAGAGUGUACUGUAAUGAAGAGACUGCAUUGUUUCUUGCUGCGUUAGCACUGCAGGCUGAGUUUGGAGAUUAUUUGCCUGAAGUUUAUGGGAAGAACUAUUUCCAAAUGGAGCAGUACAUCUCUAAGAGAGCCAUAGAGAAAGUGGCCUUGCCUCGUUUAAGAGAGGAGUUGCCAAGGUUACAUGCCAAUAAUGCUCACAUGCUUCCAGAGGCUGCUGAGAUGGAGUUCUUAAAGAUUGCACAGCAGCUGCCAGAGUAUGGAAUACUGUUCCACAGAGUUGCCCGUGAAAGGAAACCUAUUAUUGGAGAGCUGGUUUUGGGAAUUUGUGCCAAAGGAAUUAUGGUUUAUGAAGUCAAGAACCAUUCUCGUGUGUUAAGCCGCAAAUUUCACUGGACAGAGACAGACAGUCUCUCAACAAGUAGACGAAAAUUUACCAUUGAGUGCAGCCCGAGUGGGAAGAAGCACUCAUUUGUGACAGAGAGCUCAAAGAUCGCACAGUACCUCCUGAACCUCUGCUCAGCCCAGCACAAGUUUCACAGUGAGAUGACCUCUCGGCAGCUGACCUACUGUUUAGCCUCAGACAAUAACGUGGCAAAAUAUACAUCAAUAUGCCGCGCUCGACACAAUCAAAUAAAGAGGCUGUCUUGCUCGGAGAUUGUGCUCAACAAUAUUGGUUUGAAUGGAUUACCGAAUGACUCCAUAAGCAAGUCUUGCAAUGACCUGCCAGCAAAGACUGGAGUUCGGAUUCAGCAACAGAACGAAGUACAUCACAUUCCUGAACCAAGAACCCCAAGUGAACUGAAAGACGAGAGCCCAAGCAACAGCCCUCCAGAAAAUUUCAGUCCUCCAGUCUAUCGCAUCAUGUCCAAUGUCUCUUUGCAAAAGCAUGACUCAGAGGUUCAUUCCACCAUCUCGUCUAUAAGAGUGGACACACCCACAAGAACAACCCCAGAGAGAGAAAUCAUAUGUGUUACUUUAAAGAAGGAUCCAAAACUUGGUUUCGGUUUUGUAAUAGUCGCUGAGGAUAACACUGGGAAGUUAGAUCUGGGAAUUUUCAUAGCAUCCAUCGUUCCCGACGGGCCAGCUGAUAGGGAUGGCAGAAUCAGACCCGGUGGUCGGCUGAUCUCUCUGAAUAAGAUCAGUCUAGAGGGGGUGACGUUUAAUAUAGCUGCUGCCAUACUACAGAGCAGCCCAGAUGAAGUGGAGCUCAUAGUGUCCCAACCCAAACAGGAUCUCCGGGACAGUAAGACCUCACUGGCUACAAAUAAUUUAGGGAUGAUGCUGGAAAGAGGCUUUGGCUCUCAAAGCACCCUGAGUGCAGAGUACAGGCCUGUGAUGGAGGAGUUGGAGGAGACCCUCUCCAACAUCAUGGCUCCCAAAAUGGGCAAAAGGCUGCACAUACCUGUGGUGCGGAUUCUGGAUUUUCAGGAAAGAAUGUCUAAUAAUUCUUCCAGCUUCAGUUCAAAGCCAGGUGAAGUAAUCUACAUCGAGCUCAGAAAGAUCAAUAGCAGCUUGGGAAUCAGUGUUGCUGGGGGAAUCAACACUAAUUUACAUCAUGGUGGAAUCUACAUCACAAGCGUGAUCCCAGGAGGAGCGGCAAAUCAAGAUGGAAGAAUACAGAUAGGUGACAGGCUGCUGGAGGUGGAUGGCUGUAACCUGCGUGCCGUCACACACAGGCAGGCGGUAGAGUGCCUGAAGAGGACGGGGGAGGUGGUGAGCCUGGUUCUGGAACGAGAGCCUCCAGUGGUGCUGGACAGUGCCUCAUCCAUGAUGGAGAGACAGAGAUCUCCUUCACCACUCAGUGUGCAAAGCACGCCCACCCCCCUUAGGAGAGAUGCGACCAUGGAAACGGCCUUGUCUGUCAGGGCCAAGGACUUCAGCUUUGUGUCAGAUGAUAACAUCCUGGAGGUGACGCUACAGACGAGUCUCAGUAGUCUUGGGUUCAGUUUCAUCAUAUCUGAGCUGGGUCCAGAUGAGGGUAGCAUGGUGCAUAUUAAGAGCCUUUCUUCUGGUCAGCCUGCAGGGGAUUGUGGGCUUCUGAAGGAGGGAGACAUAAUCCUGGCUGUCAAUGGAGAACCUGUCAGAGGCCUUUCCUAUGAGGAAGUUCUGCAUCUCCUCCAAAAAUCUCCGUCUGAGAUCAGGCUAUCAAUCUGCAGAACUCCACAUGAUAAACAUACAGAUACUGAGACCUCUCUGGGUCAUGACACACUUCAAACCCGUGCACUGAGAUCUAGGUCUCUAGACCUGCAGAUAAGGACUGUUGCCCCAGACUUUAGUGAACUCCUCAAGAAGCGGGUGAUAGAGGUGGGUCUAAAGAAAGAAAUUUCCCCAGAGAAAACCCAGGAGAUUCCACUGGCCCAACAGAAACCAGAAACUGAGCUGGUGGAUACGACUAUAUCAGCUCCUCCACCCCUACCUCCACGUCCAUCCUCAGCUGAAGCUGGAGAACCUAAACCUCAUGCCAUAAUGGGGGAGGGGCUUGAGAGCAAAGCCCCACCCCCAACACCAAGCACUGUUAAAGUGACAACAGCCAACCUAGCACCAACUCCAGCCGCCCCUGAAACAGCAAUUGCAACCCAUCAGCAAGAGUCAAAAAAUGAUACCAUCUCAACCAACCAUGUCUCAGCUUGUACCAGUCACACAACUGAAGGUGUGGAAGAGAGCAUGACAAGUUUCACAGCUAAUGGACUGAACGUCAUAGCUGAUGAGGAAUACUUGACCAUCACCACCGCAGUACCCUCGCCUCCAAGCUGCAGCAUUGCUGUCUCCAAUGAACCUCCACCACCACCACCGGCUCUUUCUCCAUCACUGUUAAGCUCACCUCCAUCCUACCAGCAAGCAACUCAAGUUUCAUCACCAGUGAAACCUCCUGCCCAGUUUACCGUCCCCUCAGCCAGAAAUGACAACGGCUGGGAUGAUGAUGAAGAAGAGAAGGAUGACGAAGAUCCCCAAAGGGACAUGUUGAAGGAGUUUGAACUGAAUGUCUCACUGACCAAAUCAUGGUGUGGCAGUUUUGGUUUUACAAUAACCAGGAGUAAACUGGACAACUGCUUUUAUGUCCAGGAGGUCCUGGAUAAUCCAGCCAAAGCAGAUGGCAGACUUAGGGCAGGAGACAGGCUUGUCAUGGUAAACGGUCACUAUGUGACCAGCGUGACAGAUGAUGUGGUUAUUAGCAUCCUCAGGUCUUCAUCUAAAAGACUGCACAUGGUGCUGGGCAGAGCUGUGCAAAAUCUACUUCCUCCGCCGCCUCCUGACACCCUCCAGGACAUUGUCAUCCCCAAGACUCCAUCUGGACAACUGGGUAUCAAGCUGACAGGGGGUAUUGGCAAUAAGUGGCAGGGAAUUUAUGUCCAGGAGGUGGUGCCAAGCUCCCCUGCUAGUGAAGAGGGCAGCAUCCAGCCCAAUGACAAGAUUGUUUAUAUAUGUGGGAAGUGCACCCUGGGAAUGACGCUGGAGGAUGCUGUGAAAGUGUGUGAGAGUGCCCCGCGCAAAGUCCGAUUCAAAGCCUUGAGAGAUGACCAACCAGUGAUACCAGUAGCUAAAUGGAAUGGUUUGUUUGAAUGGAAGGAGAAAAAAGUCUUCCCCCGCCUGGAAGAGCCUGUGUCCCCUGACAUGGAGGUGGCUCCUGCCGAUGUUAAACCUGUUGCUGACAGUGCCAUACAAUUCAGGAAAAGGCUGUCUGUCACAUCAGAGCAAGAGAGCUGUAUCCUCCAGGUGGGGUUCACCAAGCCUGAGAAAGGGGAGCUGGGCUUUGCUCUGGUGGGAGGGGCCAAUGGAAGCACACUGAGAGUGAAAGAUAUUUGUUGUGGGGGUGUGGCCGAGCAGGACGGUCGUCUUCAAGUGGGUGACAUUCUUUUGGAGGUGAAUGGCAUAAUUGUAUCCGGAAUGAGCCACAGUAAAGUUGUGGAUAUUUUGCGGAAGGCAGAGGGCAUGGUUCAGCUGACGGUAUGUAGAGACAUCCUUCCAAUGACAACCUGCUCUGGUUCCAGCUCCCCUGCUGAGGCCUCUCAGGAAUUCAACACAUCAAAUUCUGCAGAUAUUACAACACGAACAGAAACACAGGCAGAUCAUGUGUCUUUCCAGACCUCAGAAUGUCCUGGUCUUGGAGGGAAAUGUGAGCAGGAAAGUCGAAACUGUACACCUACCUGUCAGAGGUGUUGUCCAUCUCUGGGAGUCACAGACAUGCUUCAGGAAAGGACAGACCCCCAGAAGCAGCAUCUAGAAAAAUCUGCCAUGAAAACAGAGCAUAGCCAGUCAGACGGUUGGAGCAGUGAUGAAGAAGAGGAUGGUGAUGAUGAAAACAAUGCUUCUCAGCCACUGCUUCCCGAGACCGUUCCUAAUACAGGUCGACCUAUUGUGUCAGAAGAGGAGCUUGCUAGGCUUGCAGUGAUAUCUCCAUCUAAGAAUGGGCAGUACUCUGGCUCCAGGGUCAAAGCCCUCAUACAGGCCCUUGAACAGUUAGAAAAGCAAGAUCUGAUCAAAGAGUUUAUGGCUUUAGAGCAUUUGAAACCCUCAGACAACUGCCUGGUUGGAAAAGCACACGAAAACCGGGAGAAGAACAGAUACAGAGAUAUCCUGCCCUAUGAUAAAACUCGCGUUCCUGUUGGAGAGAAUGAGGGCUACAUCAAUGCCAGCUACAUUCGUAUGAAGGUGGGCACAGAGGAGCUCUUCUACAUCUCUGCUCAGGGCCCUUUGCCUGGCACCCAGGAUAACUUCUGGCAGAUGGUGUGGGAGAACAAGUCUGAUGUUAUCGCCAUGAUGACUCGGGAAGUGGAACAUGGCCGGGUAAAAUGCCACAAGUACUGGCCCGAGAAGCUCAACAUUCCCAAAGAAACCAGCUGUUACCAGCUCCACCUGGAUAACUACCAGAUGCUUGGCUAUUUCCACAUUAAGGUCAUCAAGAUGGUGGAAAAAGAGAGUGGAGACAUUCACUUUGUAAAGCAUCUAAAGUUCACCACAUGGCCUGACCAUGGCACGCCACACUCCUCCGAGCAGCUGGUGUGCUUCAUGCGCUACAUGAGGGCUGUUCACACUAAAGGGCCGAUCAUAGUCCACUGCAGUCCAGGCAUUGGCCGAUCUGGAGUCCUCAUCUGCACUGACGUCAUCCUCAGUCUAAUUGAGAAAGACCUAAGUAUUAACGUGAGUGGCAUUGUAAAGGAGAUGAGACUCCAGUGGCACGGCAUGAUUCAAACCAAGGAACAUUACCUCUUUUGUUACAAAGUCUGGCUGGAAGUGUUACAAAGCAUCUCACUACUUCCUGAUCACCACUGACAAACUGAAACCUCUUCAUGAACAAAUCCUUACAGCACUAAAACAAGUGUUUCCUAAGAAAGGCAAAAAUAUAUGUGUUUUUGAGUGGCAGACAUGAGGAUGUGUUGAUUGUGUAUCUGAUAUAGUAUGACCACUUCUAUUACUCAAAUAUUGAAUAUAUCAUUGGAAAUAUGGUAGAUAUUUUCAUUAACUGUGCAAUGUCCUUGUGUGAUCUGAUAUCUAUUUUUGUACCAAUUUGGCUUAAAAACUAUGAUUUCAUAGCCUUUCUGGACUCUUAGUCAUUUUGCCUUGAAUGUUUUUUUGUUUGUUUUGUUUUGUUUGUUUUUUUUUAAGACAAAAGUUAUACGGAUUAAUUAUUAUUUUAAAUUUAUUUAACAUUUUUCACAUUUUGAACAGAAGUAUGUCCAGUUAUGUGAUUUUCUUAUAGUAUUGCACUGGUUUGAUUUUGACGGCAUUGCAGCGUCUGAUUUUAGAUUUCUGUGAGAGAUGCUUUCUUCAUUUAAAAUGCUUUUUACACUCUCAGAAGAACCAGCUGCUAGACAGAUACUUUUAGCAAAGUGCCUUUUAAUUUCUCUAUGUGGGCAGCUUGCCGCUCAUCUUUCUUUAUCUGCACUCUUCUUGAUUAAAACAAGCUGUUUUACCUCUUAGUUGACAUUAGGUCAGAGCAGGAGGAAUUAACCCAAAGAAAUAGGAUUGAUGCAAUGAGAUUACAAACCACAGCCUUCUUAUCUGUAUGUAUAGCCCAAGAGUGUCUGCCAGCAAGCGUAAUCGCUUGGAAACCAGGAUUUGACUUUGGACAGCAGAGCACGUAUCUGCUUACACAUGUAAUGGAGAAGGAACGCUUGCAGUAAACCAUCUGAA